AUGCUCCCCCUUCGCCGACUCCUCCGUCUCCCCACCAGCUUCGCCCGCCGCCACGCCCGCCGACGACGAAUGUACCUCCUCUUUUUGCUGCUGCUCCUAGUAGGGGUGGUGAUUUUGCCGCUGUACGUGGUGUACUAUCCGCCCUCGUCGCUAAUCCGCUACUUCUCCCACCGCUGGACCGACGUCCUCUUCCGGAUCUGGCUGCCCCCCGACAAGAAGAUUGUGGCGCUUACCAUUGACGACGCGCCGUCUGAUCACACGAGGGGGAUUCUCUCUGCGCUCUCUGCCAGCGGGGCGCACGCGACGUUUUUUGUGAUUGGGUCGCAGGUUCCUGGGCGGGAGGGGAUACUGAGGGAGAUUGUGAGGCAGGGGCAUGAGCUGGGGAAUCACGGGAUGCAUGAUGAGCCUGCGAGGGGGUUGUCGACGGAGGAGCUGGAGAGGGAGAUGAGGGAGGUGCAGGGGAUGAUUGAUAGGGCUUAUAGGGACGAGGGGAAAGAGCCGCCGAGGGAGGGGAGGGAGAGGUAUUAUAGGCCGGGGAGCGGGUUUUUUAGCGAUAGGAUUAGGGGGGUGGUGAACCGGUUGGGGUACAGGUUGGUGUUGGGGAGUAUUUAUCCUCAUGAUGCGCAGGUUGGGUGGGCGGGGGUGAAUGGGAGGCAUAUCUUGGGGAUGUUGGAUCCGGGAGGGGUGAUUAUUUGUCAUGAUAGGAGGAGUUGGACGAGGCCGAUGUUGGAAAGGGUGUUGCCUGAGAUGGGGAGGAAGGGAUGGGAGGCUAGGACGGUGACGGGGUUGCUGGGGGAGGUGACGGGGUGA